GCGCGCUCGCGCCAGUCGGUCGCGCGUUACCGAGCUAAGUGGAUGGGUUCGCGAACGCGCUCCCGCUAAAAACGUUUCUCCCUCAUCUGCCUGCCUGGAUCCGAGCGCACUUCCACUCCCUACGCAACGUCAGACAGUGUGUUUCGUCGUGAUAAACACAUACGCGCCGCCGUUCGCGACUCGUUUUUAUUAUUCUGUUGCGCGCGACCCGUGAGAGACGCCGUCCGCGCGCAGUGCCGGACGAGCCGAGCCGACGGGAUUUUUUCGAAGCAGGAGGGAUUUUUACAAAGGUGCAAAUCUCCGGAAAGUGCGCGUUCAAAGUCGACGUUUCGUACAUCUAUCUCUCCGUUGCUGCAAGGGAGAUUUUUCGUUCUCGCUCGCGGCGAGAAUUCGAGAGGACACCAGUUUUAGCUUGGACACCACCUGGUACCCCAGACGCGACACGUGAGAUAAAGACAGGUGGCACGAGAGACAGAUAAGAAGCAAUCAUGGGAGCGAGACAGAGUAAAAGGUCCGUGGACAUAACGACGACGCCGAAGAAGGAGGGAGUACCUGCCGAAGGUGGCGUCGGCGACGCGGCCGCACCUGGCGAUGGCAAACUCGAGAGGAUCGAGGAGGCCGACACGAAACCCACCACCAACGGCAUAGCACCGCACACAGAAACUGCCGAGGACAAAGAAAAAGAUAAGGAUGAAGCCACCGAGAAGGAUAAGGAACUGCCACAACAAGAGGAGGUAAAAGCCGAAGAGACGAAGCCGGAAUCGUCCGGGGACUCUCCCGCGGAGGCUGCAGAGGUCACGACGCCCACAGAGGCCACCCCUGCCAGUCCCAACACCACAACCUCUCCAGACAAUAAGGAGGCCAAAAAGAAGGAUAAGAAGAAAAAGUGGUCCUUCAGGUCGAUCAGCUUCAGCAAGAAGGACAAGACCAAGCCGAGCCGCGAAGAUACGCCCAAGAACGGAGACGUUACCAAGGAGGAGCCGCUUGCUGAGGGUGGUGAGGAGGCAGAGACGGCCGCUGCGAGCAGUCCGGUGGAGGAGAAGUCGUCGGCGAGCAGUCCAUCGGCGGACGAGCAGGUAGCCGCGCCGGUAGCAGCCGCGACCGAGUCGAAGGAGGAGGCCGCCGCAGCGUCGCCAGCAGCCGCUAGUCCGGUCGAGGAUAAGAAAGAGGAACCCACUCCCUCCGCCCCCACUCCCGUCCCGUCCGUCGAGGAUAAGAAAGAGGAGGCUGUUGAAAAAGUCGAGGCCGAGAAAAAAGUAGUCGAGAAGGCUCCGGAAGCCGAGGCGCCAGUAGAAAACAAUGUCGCCCAUGACGUAAGCACGACGGAAAGCGUCGACGAGGCACCCAAAGUCGCGCCGCCGGCCGUCCCGAAUGAGGCACCCGCCUCUCCGCCAACAGCGCCCGCUAUCACCGAGGACGUCGCCUCGGUCACCAAGGCCAUCGAGGAGAUCGACAUAAGCGAUAAAGCGGUCGCGGCGGCAGUUAACGAAGCUAUUGAAUGCAAUACGAAUGAAAUCAUCGCUGACGCGCAUCACCAAAACAACAUAAACGAAUAAGCGCCACUAAUUGAAUUGUAUUUUUUUGGAAAAAAGAAAAUCUUUUCCAACGUUAAAAAAACCAAAAAAUUAUAUUAUAUAGAUAUGUAUGAUAUUUGGACCAUUCCUGCACAACAACUAAAUAAAACAGAAAAUAACGUUCUUUCGUUACGAGCGCAACAAAAGAGGAAAACGGAGCGACGAUGACAACAACGACGACGACGGCGACGACGACGACGGCGAUGACGACGAUGACGAUGUGUUUGUUACCGCGGCAUCGCGAGAGCAUAUAUAGACCUCCGUGGUAGGCUUUAUUAAUUAUCAAACGGCAGAACGAACGGAAAAAAAAAACGAGAAAGGAAAGAGAAUAUUUACGAUCAUUGUAUUAUUUAAAGAACAUUUGAUGUUCUCUAUUGGAAUAGUUGACACAUUUGUUCCGUCUCUUUCUCUCUCUCUCAUUAAUUGAGAGACUUGCUCGUUUCAUUCUUUGCGACACGCGAGAUUGGACAGAGCGGCGCCGAAACUCUUUCGGGUAGUUGCGCGGGCCAACCGCGCGAGUCGCAACAACCGGCGCUCUGCUGCGUGUGUAGAAAUUUUUUAAAGUGUCAUAAAUAAUAAUAAAAAUUGUUACUGAAGUAAGUCUAUGAUGCUCGAACGUCGCGCGACGAGCAAAAAUGAUAGGAGCGCUUAAUUAAGAUCGUCGAGAUGAUGAUAAAGGGCGAGAAACUCGUUCGUCGCGCAUUCCAGAGGAAAUACUCAUUGGACAGCGCUCUUCGCGUAAUUGCAUUAAUACUAUAAUAUUACUCUGUGAGCGAGAUAGAAUGAAAGAACGAGAAAAAAAAACGGAUUAAACGAGUGAGAGAGAAUGAGCGGGAGAGAAUGAGAGGGAGAGAAAAAGAGAAUGAAAGUUCGAAAACAGCGGUAGAGAAAGAAAUUUCGAGGGCAGGCUGUGCGUGAGAUUACGUAACGAUUGCGAAAGGCGUGAGAAGAAAAAGAGUAUGACAGAGAGAGAGAGAGAGAGAGAGAGCGCGCGCGAAACGACAAUGUUUGAGGAGUGAAUCUUUGCCACGGUGAGAACAGGGAAAAAAAAAUGACAGAAUUCACGCGAGAGGAAGAAAACCGGAAGAAGCAAAAAUAAAAAUAAAAAUAAAAAAAAAAAGAUUCUUUUUCAACGAUACAUGUUACAAAAAGUUCGUAUGUGUGUGAGUAAAGAAGAGAAAACAAAACAAAACAAAAAUCGCACUCGCAUUGGCGACUCUCGAGGGCACCCGAGACACAAAUAUUGUUUUCGCUCGUAUUUCCUUCGCGGUCCUUGGUUUUCCGUUUUUUAUUUUUAUUUUUGUUUUUGUUUUUUGCGUCUGUACAAUUUGAGAGAGAGAGAGGAGGAGAAGGAGAAGGGGAUGGUUUUACGUUGUAACGAGGAACUCUGCACAUUUUUUAAACAUGACUUCGAUAUUACUUGCGCGCACACACAGGCGCUUAUGCGAGCACACCGAGAAAAGAAAGAAAAACACAUUUUACGACACACGAGAAUACACGUAAACAAAAGAAAAAAAAAAGAAGAGGACAUUUACACCGCGUAUACGUAUAUACGUACUAUGGAGCGUACGAGAUAAAUAUAUACAGUAAGUCGAGAUGAGAUGUAAGUGAUAUAUAUUAAUCUAGACUAUAGAGAAUGCGUUUGUGUAAAUUCGGCGUUUGUUCGAAACAUGCUAUAUUUCUCCGGACGGGAGGAGGAGGAGGAGGGGGAAACACUUAUGACGAAAGCCUAUCGUAAUUUUUAUGAUAAUCAUCUCAAAGUAUCGCCUAAUUACGAUUUACGAGAAAAAAAAAAAUACAUAAUGCACAAUUUUAUCAACCGGAACGGAUACCUUUUUCAAGUUUUUCAUACGACAUAUUUCUACGUUUCUACGUUUAUACGAGGAUCUCCGAGA